GAUCCACACCGGUGUUCACUCUUACCGGCGGAUCAGAGAGUAACGCUAAGGAAUUUUGAUUCAGUCCUAUUUAUCAGUCUUAAUCAUACGUUUUACGGUGUAUAUAUCGGAAGCUUCUAAGCAGUCAACAUUUUUGGAAUAGUGUGCUUAUUUUACAGCUUCGCAAACUGAGAGUUCUAACUUGAUAGCCAAACUGGUGGAUAAUUCUCUUACAGAUUUUGCAGACGACAAGGAACUGAAUAUAUGAUAUUGAUAUAAAACCACAUUACGUCGUCUCGUCUCAUGGUGACCUUUAUAUAGGUGGUUGCAAAUGAUGUCAUCUGGUAAAGGCACCGAAACGAGAUCGUUGGCGAUGUCACGAUCAGUCGAUGUCAAUUCACAGUCAGACAUGAAAGAUGUUAUAAAGGUUGUUCUCCUGAAGGUGGCAAACAAGACAACUUCUCGUUAUGGCGUCACCCUCUUCCUCUUCUGUUCAUCCCUGUGGCUUCUCAUUCAGGCCUUUCUCGCCCUGCACAACGGCUGCUGGAUAAGCAACCCACAGAUUCUCAGCAAGAUCAAGGAAAAGACGUCAGCCGACUGUCGAAUGUCGCCAAAUUUGGCGGGAAUCCACAGAGAAGAAACCGAGGGUGUGCACAGUCGAGAGCGCAUCCCAGAUGCCUUGCAUCUCUUAUCGCGGCAGGAAAGCGGCGGUGCUGUUGAUGUUGAAAGGGCAGUGUUUAAUGUCAUUGUCGAAAUGGGAGUCGCUGCCCCCGCCGAGGUGCCGGUUACUAUGGCCGAGGGGGAUGCACAAGGGGGGCAGCGAAAAGAGAGUUUGAAUGUUCCCGAGAGUGAACGAGAAAAGAGGUCGGAGGAUAAAUCAGUGGCCACUCAAAAUGGUACAGAGUCAAAGAACGACAAGAAAAUAAUAUCGCAAGAAAAGACUAUUGUUCCAGAGAGACAGACUGUCAAUGAAAACGUCCCGGUUAAUACCCAGGCAAUCAAAACAAACAAUGAGACGACAAUGAAACAUUUAGGUAGGGAGCCUACAUUGAAACCGUACAUUCCGCUUCUACCUGGGUCGGGUGUCUCGGCCCUGAAGCCUGUCCCUUACACGCUUCCAAGGAACAUUUCCAAGGAUAUCGUCAAGAUCACCAAAGAUUCUUGGGAGACCAUGGGUUGCUUCAACCGCGUCACGAUUUUAACCCCUGGUACGAACGCACUGCCCAACGACAGCGAGUGGCAGGAACUGUACCAAUCCUUUAGGAAAUACCGCAUGGGAUACUACCUUCUCCAAUGCCCUGAGAAUGUGUGUGAUCUCAUCUUACGUGCGAGUACUUCAGCGAAGACUAUCGCAGAAGGCAGCGCAGUGCUCGUAGGACCAGGCACGAAGAGCAUGCGCAAUAAGACGCGCGUGAUUAUGGAAGAAGUGAAGCGUCUUACUCCGGACAAUCUCCUUAAGAUCUACCUUUUCUCUCUGGACAGCUCUCCGAUGAUGAACUACUACGAUCCAUCCAUGGCGAAUUUCGAGUACCAUUACAGCAUGACGUAUCAUUCCCAAUCGGAUGUGCCGAUACCUUACGGUCGGUAUCGCAAAGGGGUUGGCGAAGAAAGCGCGCGGAAUUGGGCAGAAGGCAAGAAGGGUCUCGUAGCAUGGGUUGAAGACAACUGCGACAGAACAUUCUGGCCGCGCAUCGAGUACGUACGCGAGCUCAGCAAACACAUUUCUGUUGAUAUGUAUGGGAAAUGCGGGAACAGGACGUGCGCGUCGACGCACUGCAAGGAAGAACUUAAAGGCUACAAAUUUUACCUCUCGCUGGAGGAGGCGGCCUGCGACGAAUUCAUUACGCUAAACUUUUGGCAGCGCGCUCUGUCGUCUGGUGCAGUGCCCGUGGUUUACGGCGGAAAGAAAUUCGCCUACACGAAAGUUGCUCCUCCAGAUUCGUUCAUCCACAUAGCUGACUUUGAGUCUCCUGCAGCACUGGCAACCUAUCUUUACAAACUCAGCGCGUCAGAUUUGGAGUACAACAAAUUCCACCAGUGGCGGACUUUGGGUUCCGUCCAAAUUUCCGGGCCAGGGUUCAGCUUAGAUUCUCUAUGCGGUAUGGUGCCACAGCUUAUACAUUUGUCACCGCCUAAUAGGAGAGUGAUGUCUAGAGGGAAGUUUUACAGGAGUUGUCGGAAGGGUAUCUAUGUGAAUGGGUUAGCAGGGUCAGGUGACCUUAGCAACUGGGCACCUUGGAGAUAACCUAGACAUCAUUAUAGUUCCUAUACAAAGAGACAUAAAAUUACAGUUCAGCGUCCUGCGAUCAAAUGAGAGACUCAUACAAGGAGAUGAUGCGAUGAUUUUUUUUUUUUUUUUUGCUGAAUUAUAUUAUAAAAGAAAGCAGUAUUAUUUGAGAAUUAACAUGCUAUUGGUCUUCAAAGAUUGUAUCACUCAGUACUUUUAAUGUAAUUUGGUUUCAUUUAGUCAUCUUUGCCGGCUGCAGACGCUACGUCAUUAUCUUUGCGGCUCUGCGUCAAUACAGACAUUCAAGCCUACUGAAUGCCGGCUGCCCGUGGGUCCCUUGUGUACGUCGUUCUAUGGCGUUUUAGACAUACGAAUGCAAAAGACACCAGACAACGACGCAACACGUUGACGCAGGGGUGCCUUGGCCUAUAGUGUAAGACUAUGCAUUUGUCCAAACAAAGUCGGCGUUGACGCAACAGCAGCGUAGCAAAUGAUCAAAUCCACACAAGCCAAAAUUACGCACGGAAAAUUGGGUUGGAUAAUCUUGUGAACAGUCGCUCACUGUUUAAUUUGGAUUGAGUGACUUUUAAAUGAACAAUUGACGGAGGGACUUAAUUGACGCUUCGUGAGCAGCCGGGAUAUGUGUAGCUUGAAUUCUCUUCAACUGGCCGAAUCAAAUGACGCCGGGAAGUUACGUUUUAUGUGCAGUUGCUAUUUAUGUGAUAUGAAUUAUUGGAUGAAUCAUUUUUUGUAAGUGACGCAUGUCUGCAGCCGGCAUUAGAAACUAGGAAUUAAUGUCGUCCCUGAAAUAUCUAGGCAAAUCAUUCAUUCUUGAAAGGACGGAGAGUUGCAUUGUCAUUUGAAUACAUAUAUUAGGUUACAAAGAUUUUUUUAUUGAAUAUGAAGGUGAAUUGUUACGUUUAGUGAAAUGUCAAUUUGUAUCAAAGGGGUACCGGGUAAUAUUGUCGCAUAACAAUUCAAAGGCCUGUUAUUGACAGAAAUGUGAAUAAUCCUUUUACCUGUAUUUGAUUAAUUAAUGUCGGAAGGAGUUUUUUUUUUAGAUGAAGGAAAAACGAUGUCGAAAUUUCAUUUGAAGUACGGCUUUAAACAAACAGAGCCUUUUGAUCUUUAAUAAUACCGUGUUUAGUAUAUCAUAGUUUUCGGGAAGUUUAAAUAGUGCCACAAGGAGUGUUCUAUGUGAUGCGAUGACAGGUAUUCGUCUGCUAAACUUUGUUAAAGGUCGAGACUUGUUUGGAAGCUUAUAAUGUUUAAUUUGAUUAAUCUCUUGUGUUAUUUAUUCAUCGGUUGGGUGAAGCUCGUAUGUGGGCGAAUUUAAAGUGGGGUCUAAAAGACGCCGAUAUUUUUCGUGCAAGAUUAAAGUGUGUCAAUAUACGAUACUGACAAUGAUAGAAGUUCUUUUUUUUCGACGAGUGUUUUUUCGGGGGCCGUGCUUGCUGUCUGUAAUGCGUGUAAGGGAUGACAGCGAUAAUUGAAGAAUAACAAAAUUGAACUGACAAAAACAGACAGAUCAAGGACUUUGCAGAUUAUUGAAAUGAUCAAACUGGAGUAGGGCAGUAGGCCUACUAUACGUUAUUUGACGACAAUCGUUCGAGGGAAUCUUUCCAGGAAUUACUUGCUAUCAAUACAAGGACAAGGGUUGAUUACGUGUUCAUUCCUAGCCUCGGUUGGGUGAUCGAGGCUCGUAUAUGGGCGAUUUUUAAGUGGAGCUUGAAACACGCCGACAUUUUACGGGCAAAAUUGUAAAAGUGUGUCAAUACGAAAUUGACAGUUAUAAAAAAGCGCGCAAUAAACUCUCAAAAGGGCCAUUUUUUAUCGGUACGUUGUCUAUCAAUGUGUAAGGAUUGGAAGGAUGAUAUAAGAGUUAUACAGUCAAACCUGCUUUAGUGACCACCUGUCUACAAAGACCGAAAUUUUUGUUUCCCUUGAAAAUGGUUUCUCAUUGAAACAUGUACUUAAGAAACAAGUCUACAAAGACCGCCUGUCUACAGAGACCACUUUUUGUGUUUCCCUUGGGUGGCCGCUAUAGACAGGUUUGACUGUACAUUGAAUGGUGUCACAUUUAACAUACUUAUUUUACUUGAAUCUUUCAAAUAUACUUUAUGUUCCAUUUGAUAUUGGUUGUUCCAUUGACUGGAAUUGUUAACAAGUAAAUACAGACAACCACAAACAAAUAUUUAUGGAGUUUCAUUGACUGAAGCACAAACAAGCCAGACACAAAAUAAUGUUUUCUUUGUCUAUAUGCUCUUUAUUCACAAUUUCUUCCUCCAAAUGUCCAUCGGGAAACAGCAUGAUCUACAUAUUUGAGGGUUCAUAUAUUGCGAUGUAAAAUCCAAGGCUUGUACUCACAAAGGUGGAAUACGAUAAAAGGUAGGCAUUAUGUAAUCAGUUGUGAUGGCACAUUUAUAAAUAUAGCCACAAUACAUUUGCACUCAGCUCCGUCUAUUUUGUUUACACAAAACUUGUCAUCCGUGACAGCUUUGUUACGAGCUAGUGAAAUCCUAGCUUCUGAUUGUUUAGCAGCAGAUUUGUCACUGAUUUUUGUCAUUUG